AUGCUGGCCACCCUGCUGGGCGGGCUGUGCGAGGCGGACGUGACGGCGCUGGUCAACCAGGGGGACCACAAUGACAUCACGCCCGUGUUCCUGGCCAUACAACGGGGGGAGGAGGGGCAGGACGCGUUCGAGUUUUUGAUGCAGCACGGGGCGCGGUACAAUGAGCCGGUGGCCGAAGAAGACGCCGCGGCAGAGGGCGGCGGCAGCAGCAGUGGCGGCAAGAAGGCGGGAUAG